AGUGAGUGAGGAUGUAGGCUGUCCUGUCUCCGGAGUAGGACCGGCGUCGCUCAGCCCACUGCAGCCGCGGUAGGCUACUUCCGUUCCGCAGAGGGCGACAGGCACCAGCCUCGACUGUGGCGGAGGUCCAGACACAAUAGAGUGGGUCCCGGCUCUUCUCCAACCCAAACCGGUAUGUCGGAUGAGGAUUCCCGUGCCAGCACCAGCUCUUCCUCGUCGCCGCCUUCCUCGAGCCAAACCAGACAGAGGGACACGCCUUGCAAGAAGAAACGGGAGAGCAAAGCCAGCAUGAGCAAGACCUCCAAGCUGCUUUCCACCAGCGCCAAAAGGAUUCAGAAAGAGCUGGCUGACAUUACACUGGACCCUCCACCAAACUGCAGUGCUGGCCCCAAAGGAGACAACAUCUAUGAGUGGCGGUCGACCAUCCUGGGACCACCUGGCUCCGUGUAUGAGGGGGGCGUCUUCUUCCUGGACAUCGCCUUCACCCCGGAUUACCCCUUCAAACCGCCCAAGGUAACGUUCCGCACGAGGAUCUAUCACUGCAACAUCAACAGCCAGGGCGUGAUCUGCCUGGACAUCCUGAAGGACAACUGGAGCCCGGCGCUCACCAUCUCCAAGGUGCUGCUGUCCAUCUGCUCCCUGCUCACAGACUGCAACCCAGCCGACCCCCUGGUGGGAAGCAUCGCCACCCAGUACACGACUAACAGAGCGGAACAUGACCGAACAGCCAAACAGUGGACAAAGAGAUACGCCACAUAGAGCCAGCGCCGAGGACGGCAGCGGGAGGAGGAGGAGGAGGAGGAGGAGGAAGGGCGGGGCGGGGGGGGCUCACGGGUGUUUGUGUUGGGCGGUUAUUUCUAUCUCAGAUUUUUAGUACUUUAUUGUCUGGUAUAUUUUUUGCUUCCUGAUUAAGUUAUCUCCACAAAUAUGGUAAUAAAGGAACACAAUGGAA